AUGAAUGAGGUCAAGUCGGGAGUUUGUGGGAACUUCCUUGAUACAUCUUUAUGGGAAAUGGGGUGCUUGAGUAAUGCUGAAAAUGUUUUCAGAGUAAUGGUUGUCAGAGAGGUGAGUACUUGGAAUGCAAUGGUUUCUUCAUUAGCUUCUCAUGGAAGAGAGAACGAGGCUCUGGACAUGUUUAAAAGGAUGAAGCUUCAUGGGUUGAAACCAAAUAGCAUUACCUUUGUUGUAGUUCUUACAAUAUGUGCUCGUGGAAAUUUACUUAGGGAAGGAUUGGACUUGUUUCAAUCAAUGUGGUAUGACUUUGGAAUAAAGCAAAAUUUGGAGCACUAUGGAUGUGUGAUUGAUCUUUUGGGUAGAGCAGGCCAUAAUGAAGAAGUAGCUGAGAUCAUAAGAAAUAUGUCUUUUCAGCCUUAUGCAUCUAUUUUGGGAGCAUGUAGGAUUCAUGGAGCUAUUGAACUUGGAGAAGGAAUAGGAAAAAAGAUGCUUAGAUUGCAGACACAAUAUUGUGGCCAAUAUGUGUUAUUGUCAAGCAUGAAUGCAAAGGAAAGAUGGGAUCGUGCUGCUGGUUUGAGGAGAGAAAUAAUGGAGGCUGGAAUUCAUAAAUUUCCAGAAUACAGUAUGGUUGACUUGACAUAA